GUGUAUGCAGUUAGUAAUUUAUCAUCGAUUAUUUAAUGAUGGAAAAUACCGCAACCGCAACGGCUCCAUCCACUGUACAAGAUUUGAUGGCGUCUUGGGGUUGUACGGCGGAGACCAUCGAUGUGUUUAAAAGAAAUGAUAUUGGGAUAGAGUUGCUAAAGCAUCUCAAUGACAAAGAGCUUCGCGAACUGUUGCCUAAUUCACUUGGCAUGCGUAAGUUGAUAUCAUUGCGAAUUAGGGAAUUGCAACAACAGGACGACUGCAAUGCUUCCGAUUCAACAAUUAGAGAAACCGAAUCUCCCGCUUCGACAAUUACUAUUUACAGCGACGAUCCUAGUGGAAUUGAAGGGGCGACUACACCAAAUAUCCAUAACACAACGGCAACAGAAGUCUCCCAAGACAUACAAUUUGAAUUUAUUGAUUUUAAUGUAGCGAAUAUUAUCACACCACAAUUAAGUUUUCCUGAUUUUGAUCUUCGGACUCUACUGCAAACUACUCCAAUGGGAAGUAGUAUAUUGAAAUACUAUCAGCAGCACAAUAUUUUGGACCACACGCGUCGUACAAGGCUUGUGGACAUAAUUAUUAAACAUAUGUACAGUUACAUCAUAAAAAACCGUAUGAAACACGAAGAGUACAAUCAAGUAGCUGCUAAAAUUAUUAGUUUGUUUCCUCGAGAAUGUUUAGGAACUUACUAUGUUCCACCAAUAAGGAAAUCAGAAUCCAUUAUAGGAAAAUCAGUUUUGGCAAGGGGAAAAUUGGUGGAUAAGGUUCGUAAUUUGAUUCAUAAGUGCGAAGAAGCGAAUCCCAAAAGAAAAAGAAGAUCGAAAGAGUCAAACGACAGCACAGAUGAAAUACUUGAGAAGAGGGGACGAGUUAACAAUGAUGAUAUGACAUGGCUAAAGGUGAACAGUGAACCAUGGGCGGAGGUAAUGGAAAAAUGGAACAAUACAUACGAUCUAAGACGUUGUGACAAAGAUUGUCCUACCGUACAGGAAUAUUUAGAAAGAUGGCCCAUUUUAAGAGACCUAAGAAGUGAUGUGUUGAUUAAUCAAGAUUUUCGAAAGUUGUUCCCAGAGAAGGAACUGAAACUUUAUACAAAGUGGGAAUCAUUUUUUGAAGUGGUCGCGAACUUAAAGUUAAAUUGCCUAAAAGAUUCCGUGGCUUUGCAACUGCACGAAUCUGUCCCGCAAACUGAAAACGAAGAUGCUAAAUUUCUGAAGCAAUUGACGCUUCUGCCGUAUUUUCUCCCACCAAAGGGAAGGAUUAUUACCCAAAAGGCGAUAAAUAAACAUUGGAAGUUUUCAACGUUAGAAACUCUUCACGCCAUCGUUGUCACGGCAAAGGUUGCAGGUGACAUAGAACCGGUUAUCUCUCAACAAGUUCAUAAUGCCCAAGCAAGAGGUCAAAGAGUACAGCCGUACCUCCUAGUCGAAGGGACUGCAGAGGAUCCCAAAAGGUUUUAUGUAGUAAUAGACGGUAGGGUGCACCUAUCUUGUGAGAGUGCGAAACGAUCUUUCGACCUACUGUUCAAAAUUUUCCAUGUGAUUAACGCCAACUACCCCAUUCAGGCGGAGUACAUAUACACAUUGCUGCAAAAAUGUGUCUAUGAAAUUAAUUUACCAUCCGACAAAAUUCCACCUUAUGUUUCUGAUAUUUUAUCGAAUUUCAAGUAAGUUAUAAUUUACAAUGAAGU